AGCAGGGGCGCUAGUUGUCCGUCUCCGUCUCAUUGUUUGUGGCUCACUGUUGCUCUGCACCGCCGGGCGGAGAGAGCGAGCGACGGGUCAGAGGAAAAUGGCGGACGGUGUGGAUCACAUCGACAUCUACGCCGACGUAGAGGAGGAAUUUAGCCAGGAAGCUGACUACCCGGUUCAUGAGCAGAUCGACCUGUAUGAUGAUGUAUUAUCCCCAUCAGCCAACAAUGGUGAUGCUCCAGAAGACCGUGACUACCUGGACACACUGCCUGCACCAGGUGGCACAGAGGGAGGGAAGAGUGCCCAACCCAACGUGGUGUACACCUACACAGGCAAAAGGAUUGCCCUGUACAUAGGAAACCUCACAUGGUGGACGACAGAUGAGGACCUGACAGAAGCCAUCCGGUCGAUAGGCAUCACAGAUGUGAUUGAGAUCAAAUUUUUUGAAAACAGAGCCAAUGGCCAGUCAAAAGGGUUUGCGCUGGUGUGUGUGGGCUCAGAGGCAUCAUCCAGGAAGUUAAUGGAGCUGCUGUCAAAGAGGGAUCUCCAUGGUCAGAAUCCCAUUGUCACACCAUGCAACAAACAGUCCCUCAGUCAGUUUGAGAUGCAGUCACGCAAAAGUACCCAGUCAGGCCAGAUGUCUGGGGAAGGUAAAGCUGGCCCCCCUGGCGCUGGCCUUCGUGGAGGUUUCCCCAUGGGUCGAGGCAGAGGCAGGUUCCCUGGACCACCCGGCCCCGGAGGAGACCGCUUCCCUGGUCCCGUUGGGCCUGGAGGGCCGCCACCACACUUCCCUGGCUCGGGGAUGAGACCAGAUCUGAUUAGGCAUCAAGAUGGCCCUCUGAUGGAUAUGAAUUUCAAUCCCUUCCCGCCGGGGGGCAGGAACGGGAGCUGGCGUGGCAGAGGUGGGAUGCAGGGACCCCCACGUCCCCCUCCCGGUCCACCUGGUCCCCCUGGCCCUCCAGGACCUCCACCUCCUGGCCAGGGCCUCCCCCCUCCCCUCCCUGGUCCUCCAAAUCGUGGUGACAGGCCUCCUCCCCCUGUUCUCUUCCCUGGUCAGUUUGGCCAGCCUCCAAUGGGACCCUUGCCCCCAGGCCCCCCUCCUCCAGGUUACGGCCCUCCCCCUGGUCCCCCACCCCCUCAACAGGGCCCACCACCCCCGGGACCCUUCCCUCCUCGUCCCCCAGGCCCCAUUGGGCCCCCUAUGGCUUUGGCUCCACCUCCACACAUGCCAGGUCCACCACCAGGUGGACCACCACCAGCACCCCAUGUCAACCCUGCCUUCUUCCCCCCACCUGGCAAUAACAACAUGCCCCCCAACGACAGCCGAGGCCCCCCUGGACCAAACGACCCAUACGGACGGCCACCACCAUAUGAAAGAGGGGACUACGGUCCUGGAGGCCGGGAGAUGGAGGCGUCACGGACCCCUCUGAGCGAAGCAGAGUUUGAGGAGAUCAUGAACAGGAACAGAGCCAUCUCCUCCAGCGCCAUAUCUAGAGCGGUGUCUGACGCCAGUGCAGCUGACUACGGCAGUGCUAUAGAGACCUUGGUGACAGCCAUCAGUCUGAUUAAGCAGUCCAAAGUGUCAGCAGAUGACCGCUGUAAGGUCCUCAUCAGUUCCCUGCAGGACUGUCUCCACGGCAUUGAGUCAAAAAGCUAUGGUUCCGCCUCCAGGCGAGAGCGUUCCAGGGAACGAGACCACAGCCGCUCCAGAGAAAAGAGCCGGCGCCACAAGUCCCGCAGUCGCGACCGGCAUGAGGACUAUUACCGAGAACGCAGCCGGGAGCGGGACCGUCAUCGUGAGAGGGACAGGGACCGAGACCGGGAGAGAGAGAGGGAGAGGGAGUACCGACACCGCUAGACGAGAAGGGAGGUAGGCGUAAGCUAACGAGGAUCAAGGAUGAAUGGAAGGAAAAGGAGGAGGAAUUUCAGUGCGCCACCACCUCCCCACCCUGCAUGACCGGACAGGACUACAACCGCCACCUCUUCCUCCAUCUCUCCUCUCCGUCUCCACCCAUCCUUCUCUCUGUCUGUUCAUCUUGUCUGCCUGACUAAGAGCAGUGGAUGGAAGACCCUGACCUGUGUAAGGCUUUGUUAUCCAAACAUCUUCUAUACUCAUGGUAACUAAAGAUGAAAGAAAAGAAACUUUCCAAACAGCUCUUUUAUUUUUAUGAUGUUUUAUUUGACAUGACGACUACGUGUGAUGCUUUUUUUUUUUUUUGCAAAGAAACAAUAAAAAUGGCCCACACAAUCCCCCAACUAGAAGACACAAACAUUGCAUCCUAUUUUUUAUUUUUCCUUGGCUCGCUGUACUGUGUACAUUCAGUUUAGAGAUCAGUUUUUAUAGGGUACAUAUUUGAUGUUUUCUCUCCUCCCCUCCCUCAUUCUCAUUUAUUCUUUUCAUGGUUAGUAUGUUUGUAAAUGUCUCUCUGCUUUUGAUUAAAAACUAGAUGGUGUUGUAAUAAAAAAUGUUUACUGAGGUACUCAAUGCAUUUGGUGAAUUCCUCUACAUGUUUGGCUCAUUUAUAUUAAAUGUAUAUUUUGGACUUCAAACUGUUUUUCAUAUUGAAUUUGUCUAUAUUUAGAUUAUAUUUUUUAGCUGUAUUAGCAGGUGGCUUUAUGUUUUAGAGAAUAGAUCCUUGUCAUUUAGUCCCUUGCUUUGUUUUGUUCUUCAAAUGGAUAAAACUUUUUUGCAAGGUAAGACAAAUUAGAUGAAUGUACAUUUUUGCAAUGUGCAUUGAUGGGUGGAUGGGAAGCUAUGUAGACCUUGAACAAGUUGAAGGUCAACAUGUACCUGCAGCUCUUUGGACAAUUUUGGGCAGCGUGGACCCCACACACACACACACACACACACACACACACACACACACACACAGUAAACCAUAAAGUGCGUAAUACUGUUCGCAAAGUGGUUUCUGUUGUAAGUGCACUGAAUAGCCAUUACCAAUAACUUUUCCAAUCCAAUUUUUCUUCAGUCUUUGUUUUGUUAAUGUGAAAUAUAUUCAUUCUUACACUUAGUAAUACAGGUUAAUUCAGCAGCCAUUGUAGUUACAUCUAACACGGAGUUGGUCAACCUUCAAAUAUCAAUUAAUCCCAAUUUCUUGAAAAUUUGCUAUUUAAAUUAAGUGAUACAUUUUUUGCUCCUAUGUUCCACACUUAACAUGUUUUUGUAUGUACAUUUUUAACACUUUACCCUGUCACCAUAGCUACACUUUUGAACACAUGACCAAAUUAAUAUGCAGUUUAAUUAUGGAAUGUGCACCAUAACACUAAUGUUGUCAUAUGCAGUGCAACAGGUUUUUUUCUUUUAUUCCACCACCCAUCAUGUUCAUGUCUUGCAUUUUUGUUGAAUUAGACUGUGAUUGUCAACACAUUGCGAUACAGGGCUUGUAAUAUUUACAAAUACGCACUGAGUUACAUGUAUCUGUUUUACUGUCUAUCGAUUGAAAUGACAAAUUAUAUUAGUCCUAGAUGUCCUAAUAUUAGACGUUGAACCAUAAGGGCAGACGAGUUAUUAAAUUUCACUACGAAAAAAGAAACCUCAAGGUGCUGCAGCAACAGUAUUUCAUCAGGGGUGUCAUAUUGCUGAUUGUUCCAUUUGUACGCCAAAGGAAUAGGGAUAAAGUGAGAUUAAAAACUAACGUUCUUGCAUGAAUGCAACAAAUGACAAAAUCACUGAUAAACACGGAUUUUAACUUGUUAGCAAACACAACUCCUGUUUAGAUGGUCCACAACACCUCCCUCUAUUGUUUUUUAUCUAAGAAUCCUCUUUUGUGUUGAUUUUUUUGUUUUACUGGAGGUUAUUGAUUUACUUGUCAAGAUGGUUGUGUUUUUGUUUUGUUUUUCAAUCCAUGUCGGUUCCAAUCCAUGACCAUCCCCUGAAAUAUUUCAUCUCCAAAGGUAUUUGAUGAGUUUAAACUGUGGACCCUAACCUCCAUCUAGUCAUUGUAAUGGCUACAGGAAUUGCACUGACCUUUGAUGAAAAGAUGUUAAUCAGACUGUAACCGCAUCCAAACAUUUUUAAAACCCUCACAAUGCUCUUGAAAUGUCUUCCUGUUCUAAGUUUAAGAAGUGCUUUAUGUUUGUGAAUGUUAAUCCCUUUGCUCCCAUAACCCUGUGAACUCUGUAAAAGAGUAAUGAAACAAAUUGUAAAUUGGGUUUUGGUACAAAAAACAAUGAAAAGGUGGGGCAUUUCACACUUAACGGGGAAAAUAGUCUUUAUGCCAGUUCUCUUGAACAGUUCCUUUUAAAAUGUCAAUGCAGUAUAACUCCCCUACACACCAGUGUUUAAUACUUUUGGCUGACUGGACCUCUCCUCGGGAAGUGUGUUAGGAUCAUGCUUGAUUGAAGUCUCUCUCCCUCUUCUGUUGCACCUAUAGAUGCUUUAAAACUUGAUGAAUCUUUCAUGUGCAUUGACUAUUGUGACCUAAGUAAACUCCCUAAACAGUUCCACCCAAUGUCAUCCUGAGCAGAGGUCUAAUCAGCCAGAAUAAGAACAUCUUUGUUCGGAGCUUUCAGCUUUCGGGUGUCACUUUCUAGUUGUUUUGUGCUGACUUCUCUCCACAGUGCUGAAGGUAAGUGUUUUCAGGUCUUCAUCACAGCAGAAGAAGCAGUCGAGAGGAAGUCUGCUGCAUCAAGCCAGAACAACACUUUACCUCACACAAGCAGUUGAAAAGUAUUUUGUGUGUUUUCAGUAUUUGACUUACAUGGUUUAAUGGUAGGAUAAUUUUCACUAUUAAUUUUCUAAUCUUAAGCUACUUUUUCAUCUUUAACAAUAUAAAAUGUUUAGAUAUUUAGCUGUGUGUGACUGUAAACUGGGGGAAACAUAAGUUAAUAUAUAACUGCUCAUUUACAGUUGAUAUGUUUGUAAAUGUAAUUGAUCAUAUCGCUAUGCAGACCUGCCAGUGAAAAGCAGGACUUCUCAGGGCUACAUGACUUUAAAAAGAGUUUUGCAACAGUUAAAGCAAUUAACUCAAUGUUAUUGGUAUCUAUAUUAAUGUCACUUGGGUUUAUAGAUUAAUGGGGUCAAUUUUAGUUAAUCCUGUGCUACUACCAGCAAUGUCUUGUAGUAAUUAAACAUUUCCUGUCAGGGUUAGGCACGUGGUAGCCAAAAUGGUCAUCGGUCUCAAAAAAUAAAACAUUUCUAAAUUCA